AGUGACGACAAAUUAGAUGGAAUUAAAUGGAACAGGUUCAGAUAUAAUAGAUAAAACAAACUUUUCAUAUGGACUUAUUUCUAUGCAAUGUAACCUAUGCAUCAGUAAUAUUGCUUCAGAAUAACAUAAGAAACUAGCCGACGUUAUCGGCGGCUAUUGGAUUCCCAGUACUCCAUGUACUAUGCACAGGAUUUAUAUCCAUGACAAGUUUUUUUUCCGACCAAGCAUUUUGGACCCAACGCAUCGAUAACUUCAGUAUUGAACAUAAUAUGCAACGAUAUGCCAGUGCUGUUAUAUGUGGUCUCAAUUCGUAUACCUGACCGGUGUUGAUGUAGGGGGUUCGUCUUUGUGACAAAUGGCAUGGGGUAUAGCAAGUUCUCCUCAUUGAUGACGGUGAUUCAGUUGUGUGUUAACGAUAUCCAAAUAAGUAAUCAUUUUUGACGCCAGUUGGAACUAUUAAUAAUUAGUAUUAUUAGCUUCGAUAUUUGCUAUUAGAAGAUCAAGUAUUGAGAUUUAUUUUUCCAAUCACGAGAUACUAAAAUGGUAAAAGGCUAGUAAAAAACGUUGUUACGCACUUUUAUUAGCGAUCACUAACGAAAUCAGCCUAAUUGUAUCGGGACUAUUUGUCAUCUUAGAAGUAGAAGUUCAGGAGUGCGAGCAAUCGUCCAACGCUCUUACCAAAGUGAUUGCAGCCAUGCACAAUGGUAUUGUUUUAUUUUUUGUAUAAACACAACGAUUUUUACUAAUGGCUGAUUCGGUCGGAGACAGGACACCAAACUCCAAUCUAUUCCCGCAUCGAAGUAAAUCCCGCAAACAUUUUCCGGAUCACUGAUAGUCGAUUCAGUUCAUGCCGGAUCAAUCACUCAUCUUCGUGAUGUACCCCAAUCGAUCCGGAGAUUUUUUUCACAAAUGAAAAUAUUUAAAUUUGUCAAUUGCGACAGUAUUAGUAAGAUAUUCACAGAGGAAGGGAGAGUUCAUCCAAAUAUUUCAGAAUCACAGGUGUCUAGCUCAGCGUAGAAAUCCAAUAGCACAGGAUUUCACCGUAUGCAUAGGAUGCACCUCACCUGGAAUGUAAACCAUCAGUAAGCAUAAACGCAAGACGAGAGCCGGCAGUAGAAAGUACUUCAUGAACAUAUAAUAUGGUGCUGCAAUAUCCACAUCUGCUCUAUCUACAGCAAAAGUCACUGAAUCUCUAAAAGACGACGGAUAUGUUGAGGAUUUUGUCUGUAGUGAAAAUGAUGUCGGCGAGAAUGAAAUGAAAUCCUUUGACUUGGAUGGUAACAAAGUGCUAGUGGUGAGACAAAAUGGGAAGCUUUCCGCAAUUGGAAACAAAUGCUCUCACUAUGGAGCAUUGUUGACUACAGGAGCGCUGGGCGAAGGAAGAAUUCGAUGUCCGUGGCAUGGUGCCUGUUUCAAUAUAGCAACUGGCGACAUCGAAGAUUUUCCGGGUCAGGACUCUUUACCGUGCUAUAAAGUUACAAUUGAAAAAGGGCAGGUUAAAGUAAAAGCAAAACGUUCUGAGCUGCAAUCGGGUAAACGAACUAGGCCAAUGGUAUCAAAACUAAGUGAGGAUAACCGCACCAUCAUAAUAAUCGGGGGAGGCCCAUCAGGUGCUAUAUGUGCAGAAUCUUUACGACAAGAAGGAUUUACCGGUCGGAUUGUGAUGAUCAACAAGGAACCAUGUCUGCCAUAUGAUCGGAUAUUAGUUAGCAAAACAAUGGAUUUUGAUUUGGAAAAAAAGCUGUUAAGAGAUGCAAAAUUUUAUGCCGAUUAUGAAAUUGAAACUAUUCUGGGUAUUGAGGUAACGUCACUAAACAGUUCUAGCCAGGAAGUGAAUUUGAGUAAUGGGUAUAAAAUCAAAUAUGAUAAAUUAUACAUAGCAACAGGAUCGAAGGCUCGAAAGGCUCCAGUUGAAGGAUCAGAUAUGCCUAAUGUGUGUGUUCUUCGAUCUAAUGAUGAUGCCAAGUAUGUGAAUGCUCAGUUGGCUCCUGAUAAAAAUGUCGUUGUUCUUGGCGUCAGUUUUAUCGGUCUCGAAGCAGCUGCUUAUUGUGUGAACAAAGUUUCUAAAGUGACUGUAAUCGGUCGAGGUACGACUCCAUUGAAGGAAUCAUUUGGUGACGAGGUAGGUGCUAGGAUCAUGGAUAUGUUCGUGGAAAAAGGAGUCAAAUUUGUCAUGAACUCCGGUAUUAAACGAUGCAUUGGUGAUGACAACAGCAACUUAACCUCCGUUGAAUUAAUCGAUGGUACUAUACUGAAGGCAGAUUUGUGUAUAAUGGGUGUGGGAUCAACACUAUACACUAGUUUUCUUGAGGGCUCAGGAUUAAAAAUUAACAAAAACGGAUCAAUAGAUACUAAUAUUUACCUAGAGACUAACGUGCCAGGAAUUUACGCCGGUGGAGAUAUUGCAAAUGCACCUGUCUAUUGCAACAACAACAACCCAGCUACAAUUGGGCACUAUCCUUUGGCUCAGUAUCAUGGAAAGAUAGCAGCUCUAAAUAUGGUUGGAAAACCCACGGAACUGAAAGCCGUCCCGUAUUUUUGGACAAUGCUUUUUGGCAAAGGCUUCAGAUACUCCGGAUAUGGAAGACCACAUGAAACCAUCAUCGAGGGAGACCUAAAGCAGCUUACCUUCAUCGCUUUCUAUCUGAAUGCUGACGAAAAAGUUAUCGGUAUGGCAUCAUGUGGACGAGAUCCAAUCGUAUCUCAAUUUGCUGAAUUUCUUUCACAAGGGCGAACUUUACAUAAAAGAGACUUGAGUCCGGAUCCACUUUUCUGGACUAAGUAAAUACGUAUAGCUUUCACUUUGCCGAUGGACUAUUCUGCCGCUAUAAACAUAACUGUCCCAUGAUCUAUGGUAUUCCCUAUAUAUGGGACAAUUACGCGUAGAGCGGUAGUAUUCUUUUGUUUUAAACAAACUACACUUUUUUUUAAUGUCAGAAUACGUAUUGUAAAUAAAAAUGCUUAUUUUCCAAA